UCUAUCAUCUGUAGGGUAGGAGUCUCUAAAGGAAAAUAGAUAGAAUGGAUGAAAUAAAGCAUAAUCUUGUAAGUGUAAAUGGAUUGAAGAUCCAUGUUGCGGAAAUAGGAUCGGGUCCGGACGUGAUCAUGUUCCUCCAUGGUUUCCCUGAAAUUUGGUAUUCCUGGCGCCACCAGAUGAUCGCCGCCGCCGCCGCAGGUUACAGAGCCAUCGCGCCUGAUUAUAGAGGUUACGGUUUGUCAGAUCCGACUCCCCAACCCGAUAAAGCCUCUUUCAUGGACUUUCUCAGUGACCUCAUAGCUCUUCUCGAUCUCCUCCAUAUUCAUAAGGUGUUUGUGGUUGGUAAAGAUUUUGGUGCACCACUUGCAUAUUUACUAGCUUUUUUCCAACCUAACAAAGUUUCAGCAGUUAUAACAUUGGGCUUACCAUUUCUGCGGUCACUCGAUCAUCAUGAUGCUCUUCCCGAGGGCUUUUACGUCAAAAGAUUUCAGGAACCAGGUCGAGCCGAGGCUGAUUUUGGUCGAUUUGAUGCAAGAACAGUGGUAAGAACAAUAUACAUUCUUUUCUCAAAGAGUGAUAUACCAAUAGCUAAAGAGGAUCAAGAAAUCAUGGACAUGGUAGAUCCAUUACAUGAUCCUCUACCCUCUUGGUUCAGUGACAAAGAUCUUGAUGUCUAUGGAGAUUUGUAUGGGAAAUCUGGCUUUCAAACCGCGUUACAAGCAACUUAUAGGUGGAUGCAAAUUAAACAGUCUGGUAAAGGGAUGGGAGAUGUAAAGAUAGAAAGUCCAUCUUUGUUGAUAAUGGGGGAGAAAGAUUAUGUGUUGAAAUUUCUGGGAAUGGAGGAUUACAUAAAGAAUGGAGAAGCAAAGAUGAUUGUCCCUAAUUUAGAGGUGAUUUUUGUACCUGAAGGGACUCAUUUCAUUCAAGAACAAUUUCCUCAUCAGGUCAACCAAUUGAUUCUCACCUUCCUAGAAAAACAAAAGUCUAAAUCUUGAUGAAACAAGGGUACCCAAAUAAAUUGAUGUAAGAAAUAAGAUUGUCGAACUUCGAACAAUUGGAUUACAAGAUAUCUUAUUUUCGUGAAUCAAAGAUCUAAUAAUAUAACAUGUUUUGACCUCUGUUGUUCAUAUU